AUGGUUUCUCAAGCUCUUACUCGACCGCUGAUGCUCCUCAUCCGGGCUCUUCAGUGGGCUAGUGCUGUCAUUGUCAUGGGGAUCACCUCCUACUUCAUCAGCAAGGGUCCUCGCGGCCAGCAUAUCAUCUACCAGGAAGUUAUCGCUGUCCUGUCGGUCGUCUUCUUUCUACCGGCCUUCAUCUCCCCAUUCAUGCCCAAGGUCCUUGGUCGCCCCGUCUUCCUCAUCGACGUGAUCUUCUCAUAUCUCUGGCUUACAGCCUUCAUUUUCGCCGCCCAAGACUACAACCAGCACAACUGCUACUUCAGGGCGCCUCCUUUCAUGGGCUGCUCCCGGAAGCGAGCCAACGAAGCUUUCAUCUUCCUUGCCUUCAUCUUCACCUUCUUCGGCAUGCUCAUGGAACUCUUCUCCAUCUGGUCCUAUCGCCGCGAGAACGCCAACCCUGUCGCCGAGAAGCACGGCGCCCACCACCCCGCCCCCGCUGCUCCACACGACGGACCUGCUACCGCCGUGCCUUGA